AUGGGUAUGAUUUUGCAAGAUCAUGCCAAGUUGGACUCAGACACAAUUGCAGAGGCUAUUAGGCCGUUGGUCGAAGCAGACCCGUCGAUAAAGGUGAAGUCUAUUAUUGCAGAAGUUCAAUCCAGGUCCAACUACACUGUAAGUUACCGCAAAGCUUGGCUGGCAAAGCAGAAAUCUGUCGCAAAAAUUUUUGGUGAUUGGGAAGUUUCUUACCAGAAUCUGCCAAUAUGGUUGAAAGCAAUGACUGCGAAGUUGCCAAGGUCUCGUGUUCAAAUAAAAAUGCUUUCUGUUUACCGUGAGAGUGAGGAGGUUCAAGGUGUAAGAGUGUUGCACUGCAUUUUUUGGAGCUUCUAUCCGUGUAUUGUAGCAUUCAGACACUGCAAGCCAUUGGUGCAGGUUAAUGGCAUGCACCUGUACGGAAAAUAUAAAGGUGCACUUCUGGUUGCGGUUGCACAAGAUGGGAACCAAAACAUUGUGCCUAUUGCAUUUGCGAUAGUCAAGGGCGAGACAGCAGACGCAUGGGAGUUUUUCCUAACCAAUUUGCAGAGAUAUGUUGUUACCAUUGAUGGUGUGGGUAUUAUUUCUGACCGCCAUACCUCCAUCGACGCUGCAAUAGCUCGUAGUAAUGGUGCAUGGUCACCACCAAGAGCGUGGCACAUGUACUGCAUCAGGCACAUCGGGUCCAACUUCUUAAGGAGGUUCAAGGCUCCGUAUUUGCAUAAACUCGUGGUGAACACAGGCUACUCUAGGACGGAACAGGAGUACAACAAAAACUACCAAAGGCUUAAAGAGUGGGGUGAGGCAUAUACUCAAUGGUGCGAUGACAUCGGUGUUGAGAGAUGGGUGUUGGCAUUCGAUGGGGUCAUCGUUGGGGGACAUAUGACGACAAACUUGAUAGAGUGCAUAAAUUCUGUCCUGAAGGGUGCACGCAACCUUCCUGUGACUGCCAUUGUUAGGUCUACUUUCUAUCGGCUGAAUAAAUUGUUUACUCGGAAGAGUGCCGAGGCUCAUGAGCAUGUCCGCAACGGAUUCACGUAUUCAGAAUUUGCAAUAAAGAGAGUUGAAGAAAGCUUUCGACGUGCAGGAAACAUUGUGGUCAAUUGGUUCGAUAGGCGCAAUGAGAUGUUUGAGGUUCAUGAAAUGCAAGAUGAUUCUAUUUACACUGUUAACCUUGCGCAACGACACUACGACUGUGGCCAUUUCCAGGUCGAGCGACUCUCAUGUCGCCACGUUCUUGCAUGUUGCGCUAACCAGCGUCUUGAUUGGCAAGUAUAUGUGCACGACAUGUACAAGAUGUCUGAAAUUUGCAAGGUGUACAAAGGCGAGUUUGUUCCGAUGGGUGACCCAUCUACAUGGGAUAGAUAUGAAGGAGAGAAGGUGAUCGCCAACUGA